AUGAUCCGACAUCUGGCGGCUUUGAUUCUUCUUACUGCAGUGUCUCUGAUUCAAACUGCAGAGGUUCCUCAGCUGAUCUCUUUGACUUUGGUUGAACCUGGUGAGAAUAUUACUUUUCACUGUCCAGUCUCUGACAACGACAAAUUCUUUACCUGGUAUAAGCAGCCUCUUGGACAUAUGGGCCAAACAGUCGCUUCUGGACUUGCUGGCAAAAUAACAGUCAGUGAACAAUUUAAGUCACGUUUCACAGUCGCAAAAGAGGAUGCUCAGUAUUCUCUCAUCAUCAGAAAUGUAAGCAAAGAGGAUGAAGCAACAUAUUUCUGUCAGAAAGCAACGUUGUUUUCUCCGACUUUCGUCAAUGGCACAUUCUUGGCUGUGAACGACAACAAUCAGCAGAAAUCAGUCUAUGUGAAACAAAGUCCGGAGACAGCAUUUGUCCAGCUGGGAGACGCACUGACUCUCCAAUGUUCACUGCUCUCCAAGAACACAACAGAAAACACAGAUCAGUGUCCAGGUGUACACAGUGUGUACUGGGUCAGAGCUGGAUCAGGAGGAUUUCAUCCAGGCAUCGUUUACACUCACAGGAACAGGAGUGAUGAACGUGUGGAAAGAAGAUGUGUCUACAGUCUGUCCAAAACUAUACAGGACUCCUCUGAUACUGGGACUUACUACUGUGCUGUGGUCACAUGUGGAGAGAUCCUGUUUGGUGAAGGAACUAAAGUGGACACAAGAUCAGGGUUGGAUCCAGUUGUCAUUCUACUUGGAGCGCUGUUGGCCUGCUGUGUGACUGUGAUUGCCGUCCUCAUUUUCUACAUUAAUGGGAGGAGAGUUUUUGAACAUUGCAAUGAGGAGCCAGUGGAGGUGACCACAGGAGAAACAGCGGUGACAGGAUGUGAGACGGCCGCUAUAGCAGAGCCGGUGGUGGACUGGGCGGGGGGACAGGCAGCCGAGGGCACAGAUCUUCCAGACCUCGAGCCAGCAGCAGAGCACAGGUUGGCAGCUGCAUCCACGGAGAGAUCCGCUGGGUGA